UUCUCGUCGAACGUUAUGCUGCUACUUAUACUCUCGUACAUAGAAUGCGUCCUGUGUCGCUUCCUCUUGUUUCUUUCUAUCUCUUUGUACAUCAUUUCUCUCCCUGUAUCUUUGUUACCCCACACUCUCCCCUUAUACCUUCAUCUUCAUAAUCAUCAUGCCCCCCACACCAAAGUCUCCUACUCAGGCUAGACGGACCGGAGCGCCCAAGGCUAAAGGCGCUGUGCGCGCCAAGUCGGGUUGUUACACGUGCAGAAUCCGUCGGAAGAAAUGCGACGAGCAGCCCAACAACGACGGCAGCUGCCAAACAUGCGUUCGUCUUCGUCUACAAUGUCUUGGUUUUGGCGCAAAGCGUCCAGAAUGGUUGCGUGCAAGCGACAAAGUUGUCGACCUACGAGAAAAAAUUAAAAACUUUCUUGCCGCACAAGGAAUGAUUAAAGGGCAUUCUGGUGCUGGGCCUCGUCCCAAUGACCAGGAGCCUUCUAUUCUAUCACUUUCGGCGGACUAUGCUUCUCCAAGCACGAGUCCGCAGACACCCACAUUGUCGAUCUCCAGCGACGAGCGACACCCGGGUAUAGCCCGGAAUGAUUAUCUACGGGGGGACACUGAUGCUCGACUUCCCGUGAUGCAGGACAUUGAUUCACCAUUGGACGCUCGGGAAAAUUAUCCUGGGGUUAUGCUGCCUGCGUAUCCUUCCACUACUUAUACGACUAGCUUAGAUCCAUCAUGGACGCAAUCAAUCCUGCCUCGACCGCACACCAGCGACUUCUCUGCAAUGUACCAAGCAUCCUUCCCGGACGAAGACGAUAAUAACGUCGUCAUACCCUCUGGAUAUCUCUUGCCCCAGCCCAUUAACACCAUCCAAUACAACUGGUUUAACCUGAACAUGCAACAAAACGCAUCAUUGCAACACUAUAUGCAACAUGUUCUGCGUAUCCAAUAUUUGCAUGCCGACGGGUCCAUUGAUAAACUCAUAUGGAAUCUGAUACAUUCCAGUGAUUCAGCCCGAGAGGCUGCAUGUUUGCUUGCGGAUUUGCACCGCAAGAGCACCCAAGGUGCAAUUGGUUUUACUGCGCCAACAGACCAUGAUGUGUACGCACGCAUCCAAAGUGCACCAGUGAUACCAGUGACGGAAGGAGACGCUCUUGCAAGUCUUUGCAUGGUCUCAUAUUUCCUCUUCUCUGGAGGACAAGGGGAGUGGCAGGCGUUCCUCGACAGCGCUUGCGAAUUUUCGAUCAAAUUUCUCCAGCGGAAACACCAUGCGCCGGACUGGGCGCUGAGCAUGUGCACUGACAGCAUGCGAUUUAUCAUCAAGACGUCCAUGUGGUUCGAUGUCCUUGCUUCUGCAACGCUGAUCCGUCGUCCCAAGUUCCUUGACGUGCUCCGUUCGCUCUAUGACCCCGCCACUGCCGUUGAUGAUGGUAGACCGGAGCUUUCCAUGAUGGGCGUCAUGGGAUGCGAGAACCGCAUCGUCCUCGCGCUCGCUGAAAUCGCUGAUCUCGCAUGCUGGAAGGAUGAAUGCAGGCGUGCUGGGAGACUCAGCGUUCCCGAACUCGUCAGACGCGGGCAAAAUAUCGAAGCCAUCCUGAAGACGACCAAUGACCCUGACUACAUGCAGGGCUUUAAAUCGGAGAAGUUACGCCGACGGCGCCUCACAUCUGACGUAUUCCGCGCGUCCGCGCUUGUUUAUCUGCACUCCGUUAUCUCUGGGGACCAUCCACAAUGCCCAGAGAUCAUGAGCAAUAUCGCAGAAACAGUCAACUGUCUGAGGCGUGCUGAAGACGUCAGCACAGCACGCCAUGUUGUGCGCAGCGUGGUGUUCAGCAUAUGCAUAUGUGGCUGCUUGACGGAUGUUCUUCAAUACCGGGAAUACUUCCUGCGGCGCUUGCAGGAGCAGCAGACGGAGACAGUGGGGAACUGUGCUCGGGUCGCUGAACUUAUGAGAAAAGUGUGGAGGAGCCGAGAGCGAGGGGAGCCCGUGGACUGGCGUGUCGUGAUGCAACAAUCCCAGAUGCUUCUUGUCUAAGGUCUAUCCUACGACACAUGAACUUUUUUCCCUUCAUUGGUCUAUGCAUAAUCUGUUAAAAGUAUUUGGGCGCCCUCCUGGUGUGCAGCGCGCCGAAUUAUUUCCUCAAGAUCUUCUUCAUUUUCAUACCACACAAGCUGUAUAUCACACUACAUGCCACGACGAACCAUACUACACACGACAUACAAAUGCUAUGUAUUGUUUUUCUAGACAUAAUAUCUCCACAGCCUCGAGGGGCACCGCAUGUCUCCUAGCUACCGCAUGGGUGUAUAUCAGCACUGCCGCUGGUUCCGGGUGAGCCGAAUUAAUUUUCUUAUCAUUGUGUAAUACUUUCCUCAUGCAUGUAGUUUCAAAUCAAAUUGCC